UUAGCAACAGCCCUGCAUGUGCUCAAGUACUACAGCGGUCUGUUAGUAGCUUCCAUUCAUUUAACUUUUCUUUCUUUCACUCGCAUAUCCUAAUCGGAUCUCGAURGCGCACAUUUAUUCACCCCCUCGUCAGUCAUUUUCGGCCUUCUGCCGUUGUUUAAGUAUGUUUACUCUGAAGGUUUUUUUUUCCCCCGAUGCCAACUUUUCCUCAACUGUAGAGAGAAGGUAGGAGGAGCCGUUUGGAGCAGUGUGCCUCUUUCUCUCUUUCUCACACACACACACACACACUCUCUCUCUCUCUCUCUCCUUCUGACACUGCCGCUACAUGCGUCAGACCGGAGUCUGUUCACUUCCAAGCAAGUCUGACUAAAGGGUGGAACAGUACUCUUUUGACUUAGUUUCUGGACUAACUAAGUUUUCUCUGUUUCCUCACGCGCUCAAAGGCAUCAAGAAGAGAGUGAAGAAGCAAUAAGAGAGAAUAAGAAGAUUUAUUCAUACUUUUUGUGAUUGGAUUGAAAAGCACUUGGCAGACGGUUUUAGCCACUGGACCCUUUCACAGACUGAGAAGUGAGGUCAUCCUGUAAUUCAUUCUCCCUUGGCGGAGUGGCUCCAGCUUUGCUGUUAGURGAACUUUGAAGGGACAAACCCACACACACACACACACACAGAGCAACAAUGGUGGCCGGAAUGGUGAUGCCCUUGGUGGACUUGAGGGCCAUCUACGAGCUCCUGUUUCGRGAUGGCGUCAUGGUGGCCAAGAAGGACAAGCGGCCCCAGACCAAGCACCCAGAGAUCCCCAGCGUGGGAAACCUGCAGGUAAUCCGCGCCAUGGGCUCCCUCAAGUCCAGGGGCUACUUGAGGGAGACGUUCGCCUGGAGGCACUUCUAUUGGUACCUGACCAACGAGGGCAUUGUUUACCUYCGUGACUACCUCCGUCUGCCUGCUGAGAUAGUCCCCUCUUCCCUGCAAAGGGUUCGCCGUCCAACAGCCACCUUGGCCGUUGCCCAAAGGGCAGCGCGUGGGGUCCAGUCAGUGGACGGCCCCACGUCUUAUGUCCCCAAACCUGGCAGGGAAGAGAGUCAGGAGGCGAUGGCUGAGCGCCAGGUCUACCGACACAGGAGGCUGGACGCAGCCGAGGAGGAAGGCCCCGCUGACCGAACGCCAAGGUUCAGAGGUCGCCCCAUGGCCACCGAGCCGGUCAGACCAAGAGCACCAUGGGAAUCUGAGGCCCAGGCCCAGCKUCCCUUGAGGAAGGCACGGGGCUUCCACACUGAGGCUUCAAUGAUGGAGGAAAGCCAGGGGAAGAGGGCAUCCACGGUUACCUUCUCUCAGACCACUGAGGCUAGUAGCAGGAAAGCAGUGGUGUCCUCCCAGGAGAAGAUCAUCACUAAGGUCCAUGCAGAAAGGCCCCAGGUGGUUGCGGUUCAGGAAUCACAGGUCAGCAUCAAGUCAGUCUCCUCCAAAACAGCCCUCCCAUUAGCUGUUACUGCAGUAUCUAGUGCUGCAGUAGCUGGGGCUGCAGCAGUGAAGGUCUCAGCUGAAUCCUCUUUCAAUAAAGCAGGUAAAGAGAAGCCCAAGAAAGCUGCAGCAGUGACCGUCCCUGAGGAGACCCCCAAAGUCUCUGCUGAACCUGUCCCCAGUAAGCCAGCCAUCUCAGCACCCCUGCCCCCUACUAAAGAGGUUAAGGAGGAGAAAAAAACAGAAGUGAAGGUAAUUCCAGAACCCAAGAAAGCAUCAGAAAUGACUGUCCCCCAAGAGACCCCGAAACUCUCAGCCGAACCCACCAAAUCAUUCAAAGUUGACAUCACUGCUCACUUACCAGUGGUCAAUGCCAAUGGRGGUGUUGUCACUGAAAAGGUUAUUGAAAAGGUUAUCGAAACUAAGAAAGUGAUGAUUGAAGAUGGCUCCAAAUCAAAGAAGAAAAAAGCAACAGCGAAGGCUGUGAUUGCUGAACCACCUGUCACAAAGGUGUCCCCAGACAAAGGACUGAAGACCCCAGACGAAGAGACACAGGAGCCUGCCAAACCCCCACCAGCUAUUACAUCAUCAAUAAAGCCCAAGGGAUCAAAAUCCACACAAGAAACUAAGGCUGAGGUUCGAAGAGAAACUAAGGCUGAGGUUCGAAGAGAAACUAAGGCUGAGGUUCAAAGAGAAACUAAGGCUGAGGUUCGAAGAGAAACUAAGGCUGAGGUUCGAAGAGAAACUAAAGCUGAGGUUCAAAAAUCAAAUGAGGCUGAUCGUCAGACCUCCAAACCAGCAGUGGAACAGAGCAACACGAAAUCUGUAGUGUUACAAGAUGCACCCCAUCCCGUUGCAGCCCCUCCAGCUGAGCCUCCAAUCACUGUCCAAGUGCAGGAGAAGGCUGAGACGACCAAUAAAGUGACCUCAGGCUCAUCUGGAAAAAUAUCCCACAGGUCAGAGAUGAGUGUCACUAAAGUGGAAAUGGUGACAGUGCCGAAGACCAUAAAGAUGGCGAUGACACAGGAAGCCCUCAGACCUGUGGAGAUGACCUUUACACUGCCACUGCAACCACCACAACCUGCCAUAGUGCCGGAGGCUAAAGCCCCUAUAGAAACAGCUGUGGUUGAUUCAUCAAAGGCAAAAAAAGCUAAAAAGAAAAAGCAUGUUUCUUCCCCAGACCGUGAGACCACAAAACCAUUAUCCCCACCUGCAGCUGAAACAUUAUCACCAACAGAGGUGUCGCUGACCAGGGCCACCGUUACGGUUGACCUCCGAAACACCCCCGGGGCAAAAGUAAUGGACUGCUCUCCAAAGAUGCCUCCGGAAAGAAUGUGGUCUGAGGAAACCAGCGUAGCAGCAGCUGUGCAGGCUGGGUCCCCUGCUUUAGACAAAGGAGAGGCGGAGCCUGCCCAGCUCUCUGCUGAAAAAAUCAAACGGGAGGACACYAAACCAAAAACCUCCUCUGCGAGGGAAGCACCCGUUGCAGCCGAAGAGACAGCGUCAGCCAGAGCCAAGGCACGGGCCAGCCUCCACACUGAGCAGGGGGAGCUUCCCAGAGUUGUUGCACAACACUCAGCCGCUUUAGCAGCAGCACAGAGCACAGAGGAGGAGAAGGAGAAAAGUCUAUCUGUUCCUCCCAAGGCCUUGGAGAAGGACAACAAACCCCCACAGAUCCCUGCUACCACUGCAGCCACCGCCCCUCUGCCAGCACAGCCUCACCUGGAGGACACCUGUGACCAGCCUGUAGACGAGGCCAACAUGAGGAAGAAGAUAGUAGUGGUGGAGGAGGUGAUUGAGGUGCAGCACAUAAAUAGCCCACAGGCAGUGGCUGGAGGAGAGGUUCCUCCUCCUGUUGUACCUGAGAUAACAGGGCAAGAACUGGACUUUGAUGUCCUGCACGCACUGGCCAUCGAACGGGCUCUCCUGGCCGGGGGAGCGGUGGUCGAGUCCGCCCAGAGCACCAUCUCCGACGAUGACUGGGACCACUCUCUGGACGUACCCGAGGAAAAGACCUUCCCCAACUUCAUAGAAGAUGAACGGGAUCGAGUACAGAAAAAGACCUUCACAAAAUGGGUGAACAAACACUUGAUGAAGCAUGGGAAAGCAGAGUCACAGAGUCAGGUGACGGAUCUGUAUGAAGACCUGAGAGAUGGACACAACCUGAUCUCCCUCCUGGAGGUCCUCUCCGGGGAGACGCUGGCAAGGGAGAGAGACGUGGUCAGGAACUUGCGGUUGGUGAGUGGGGUUUUCUAUAACUCGGCCGCCAUUUUCUUCUUCUACUUCACGUGGCUUGAGUCAUCCGUUACCCAGUGGCACGMCUGUGCAUGAUGUCACUUCCUGUGCUUAUGAUUCCAUUCAUUCUUUUUCCUUUGGCCAUCAAUUAUUUAUCAUUGACAAGCUUGCAAAGAAUGAGGUGCAUUAACCAUUURGCUGCUGGCUAUAAACAAAAACCCCCUCGGUUAUUAAUAGGUGCCAUGGCUGAAUGAAGGAAGGACAUGAUUGACUAACUACUUCAUUGACUCCGGUCAUUGACCCUCUAACAAUACUUAAGCAUGGGAAAUGAUCCAUUUGAAAUUAGCUUUAUUGUUUCUGUUUAUCUCAACUACUAAAGCUUAUUGCAUAGCACAAAUACAGUAUUCWUUGGAAGUGGAAGUCUUCGAUUCAUUGUUCUCCCGUCAGAGCACACGACCGAAGUGGUGACACAAUUCAAAACCAACCAACCAAAGAUUCCUGUGCCUAAUAACUAAUCAUGGUAUUGGCUCAGCCUCUUUCACUCCAAAUAUGUCUCCUAUUUACCUCUGUGUUUGUCUGUCGAAGGUGAAGAACGGGUAGGUACACUAACGAAUGAUGUCAUUAAUGUGGUUUUACAAUGAGGGAAGUUGUACUUGGAGAUCUGUGAGAUGCAUCAGUUAGUCGUCGUAUUCUUUGUCAUUCAUCUUUUUCUUUGGAGGAAAACCAUGUGUGCUCUUGUCAUUGGGUCUACAAUUUAGUUCCCAAUUUCCCUUGUUCCGUUUUGUUGGAUAUUGUCGAAGCUGCAUCACAUUUUUUCUCUUCCGACGUAGUCUCACUCGCAUUUCUCCAGCUCUUCUAAGGUAGCAUUAACUCCUGUCCAGUCUGU